CUUCCACAACUCUCCUCAUUCAUCAGUACUUUUCUUCUUUCUUUUUAGUACUUCAACUACACAAUUGUUCAUUUCCUUUCUGUCCUCCAAUGGCUGCUAAUCAAACUUAUCAACCAUCAACUCCUCUAGCAGUUGCUAGGCCGAACAUAUCCACUAUCGAUAUCGAACGACCAAAAACUAUCGAAGAACUCAACCAGGAACAAGAGGACCAGUUUGACUACUCUCAAAGGGCACAGUGGCUGAGAGCUGCUGUCCUUGGAGCCAAUGAUGGAUUAGUUUCAACAGCUUCAUUGAUGAUGGGAGUAGGAGCUGUCAAAGAAGAUGUGAAGUUUAUGAUUCUUACUGGUUUUGCCGGUUUGAUAGCCGGGGCUUGUAGUAUGGCUAUAGGAGAAUUCGUUUCAGUCUAUUCACAACUCGACAUAGAGGUAGCGCAACUAAAGCGCGAUAAUCUUGCAAGAAAAAGCGAGGAAGAGAAUAUUGAUGAUGGCGAGAAGGAAAAGUUGCCAAACCCAUUUCAAGCAGCUGGGGCAUCAGCAAUUGCAUUUUCCAUCGGUGCUAUUGUACCAAUAUUUGCAGCGGCGUUCAUAAAAGAUCAUAAGGUGAGGUUGGGAGUGGUAGUAGUAGCGACGAGUUUGGCCUUGUUGGUGUUCGGAAUGUUAGGGGCUGUCUUAGGAAAAUCACCUUUGUUGAAAUCUUCCUUGAGGGUUUUGGUUGGGGGAUUGAUUGCCAUGGCUAUAACAUUUGGAUUGACAAAGUUGGUUGGAUUAAGUGGAAUUUAAUUUGUGCGCGCUUCCCAACUGGUAAUCUGCACUCCGCGGCAUAUUACUGUCAUUUUAUUUUAUUUUAUUUUUUCAGUUUACUUGUAAGGUUCUUCUUUGUAAUCAACUGGAAAUCUAGCUAUCUAAGUUGGUCAAGGAUGCGUUCAAUUCGCAAUAGUGAAAUCAGAAUUUGAAUUAUCGUUCCAAAAUUGUAUUUUGAAAACUGAGAUGACUUGAAAACAAAUCUUCCGAUUAGACUGUGUUGAUCUCUUGAAAAAGUACGAUGGAC